CUUCGUACUCGCUCAGGCCUGGUACUCGCUAUUAAAAUUGGUUUACUUCACAUUCCUUAGUGGUGCACCCUCUCCUAAGAAAAAUCCUGGAUCCUCCCCUGAGUGGAGGUAUGUACAAAGCGUUCGUCAGUCGUUGAUUAACUGGCUGUUGUCGAGGGGUUAAUUUGGCAGCUGGGACGCUGUUAUAAUGGCCGUUGCCGUCAUGGAGAAGUGGCCGUUGUAAGGAGGUUAAAAUAAAAAAUGAAUGUAUGGACCGUCGCCGGGACAGAAAAAAGGGGCCGUUGUACCUUGCAAAGAGGUGAACGAUAGUGGAGGUUAGAGUGUUGGCUCCAAUUCUCUAAUUGCAACAUUAGAGUGGAUUCCCCACUGAUUCCGCAACCCCAAGGUACCAGCCAUCCCGUACCCUCCUCUGAAAUAUAACAAGCUUCGCUCCUAAUACUCAGCGGUAUAUACCAACUCGCGUCACGGUUUCACCAACCACCUUCGCGCGUGACAUAACUACAAAUAACUACUUUUCAUGUCAUGUGAUUCAUUGCUGUUCGUGUCUAUUUAAUAAUGGAGAUUCUUGCUGAAGAAAACAUUAAUCCAGCUUUCAUAAGGGUCAACUACAGCCUGCGAGGAUGGCUAUUUCGCCGGGCAAUUGAAAUUAGACAAGAGCUCGCUCGCGGAGAGGCCAAGCCAUUUUCUGAAGUUUUAGAACACAUUGGAAAUCCCCAGGGAAUGGGACAGCCACCAAUUACAUUUUUUCGACAGGUCCUGGGACUUCUCUUGUGUCCUGACUUUCUAGAUGAUCCAAGUUUUCCUCAGGAUGCCAAAAACAGAGCCAAACAGAUCCUAAAUGGCAUCCCAGGACACACUAUAAGUAGUUACACUGCAGCAGAGGGUAUCAACGUUGUGCGUCAGGAUAUUGCUCAUUUCAUUUCUCAACGGGAUGGUUAUCCAGCAGCUUCUGAUAACAUAGUUGUCACAAGUGGAGGGGCUGAAGGGAUUGAAGUUAUGAUGGGAAUCGUUCAAACAGGAACCAAUGAAGGCAGGGGCCGUGCUGGAGUCAUGCUUCCUGUCCCUGGAUACAGCUUGUACCAAGCAAGGCUCUUACAACACAACUCUUAUCAGAUUCAUUACCGCCUCGAUGAAGACAAAAGCUGGGCUUUGAACAUCACUGAACUUAAAAGGGCGUUGGACGAGGCGAGACCGCACUGCGUUCCAAGGGGACUGGUGCUGAUUAACCCAGGCAACCCAACAGGCCAGGUUCUAACGUAUGAGAACAUUCAAGAGGUCGUCAAGUUUUGCGCUCGAGAGAAGCUGGUAUUAUUCGCCGAUGAGGUUUACCAAGAAAAUGUGUACGCUGAUGGAGUUCAGUUUCACUCGUGUAAGAAAGUCGUGAGGGACCUGGGAGAGGAAUACAGCGAGUUUCAGCUAAUCUCUCUUCAUUCUGGUGCAAAGGGAUAUACUGGAGAAUGUGGUCUUAGAGGUGGAUACAUAGAACUUGUAGGACUGAGUGAUCAAGUCAAGUCUCAAAUCAAAACGUACCUGAGCGCGAGAUCUUGCCCGUCAACAAUAGGGCAGGUAAUCAUGGGACUCGUUUGCAACCCUCCCAGUCCAGGAGAGGAAUCUUACGAACGUUUUACGAAGGAGAAGAAGAAAAUACAAGAUUCCUACAAGAAGAAAGCAAAGUUAACCACAGAAGUUCUCAACUCAAUGGAAGGUGUCAGGUGUAAUGAAGUACAAGGGGCAAUGUACGCGUUUCCGAGGAUAACACUGCCAAAAAGAGCCAUCGAGGAAGCAAAGGUCCAGGGUAUACCGCCAGACGAGUUCUACUGUUGGCAGGUGUUGGAGAAAACUGGAAGCUACAUGGCCCCAGGCCGCGCCUUCGAUAUGAGUGGCAGCGGUAGUCACUACUACUUCCGGAUAACCAUCCUUCCUUCGGAAGACAAGUUCAUUCCAAUGUUUGAACGGUUGAAAACCUUUCACCGGGAUUUUAUGACGGAGUACAAGGAUUGACUAAGAGAUGCUAACACAAUGGCCUCGUGUUACAAACAUAAAAUCAAAUUUUAUUUUU